AUGCUUCCUUGUGAAAUGAAUGGUUUAGAAAUAUCAAACACAUCAUCAUACAUAGCAAGUACAUACGCCUGUGCCGUCCUAAACAUUCCUUUAGCAAUGUUAACAACAUCAGUCAAUGCAUGCCUUAUUGCUGCUCUUUUGAAGUCAAAUGAACGGGGUGAAACACAUCUGUUGCUAAUUUUGAAUCUGGCAAUUACUGACCUUGUAACUGGACUGUUCACCAUGCCAAGUAAUUUCGUGGAGUACCUAUACAUUGCCAUGCUCAAAGACCCUUGCUAUUUUGCAGAUGUUACUAUUGUUAUCAAACACGUUAUUGGAUGGGUCUCAUUUCAUAUUGUAGCAGCUCUUGCGGUAGAGAGAUACAUCUACAUUUUUCAUCCAUACUUUUACAACGCAAGAUUAACAUCAAGGUCAUGGAUUUGGUCUGUCGUAUGCUGCAUUUGGCUUUUGUCUAUUCUCGCUGUUGCACCAGGAUAUCUUUCUUUUCAUAAAAGGCUACUUUUUGCAUCUAGUAUAGUAUUUGGUACUCCUUUAUCAAUAAUCAUUAUAUUUUCACACGCUAAGAUAUUUGUUCGUGCUCAGAGGAUCCGGCGACAGAUAAAGACUGAAGCAGAAAGAUUUAGACAAGUAGGAUCAAGUGACAAGGAUAGAAACAUUCUGCUUGUUGGUGGUCUAAUUAUUCUGGCAUUCUUUGUUUGCUCUGCUCCGACAUACAUAACAAGCAUAUUGAAAGUUUUUGACGUUCAAAGUUCUUUAUUCAAAUACACAGUAUGCUGGGAAUGGUUGUUUAUAAUGACGAACUCUCUGUUCAACCCUGUCAUAUCGUGCGUUUUCAACCCUAUAAUCAAACGAAAUAUUCUUAGCAUGUGCCGUCUUCGGCGUAAAAGCCGAACGUAAAAGAACGUCCUUUCACGCAACAACAACAU